GCCGGCGAGCAAAUCGUGUGUCAGACUCGUGGCAGAGGGGUCAGCGCGAGAGAAAGAACGACACGAACCGAACGUUUUCUGGACUUAGCGGGAACGUGAGAUAUCCGCGGAAGGAUGAACGACAUGGAAGCUUAUGGGGACGGAUACAUGGAGCCAGAAGAGGAAUGGGAGAGGGAAGGUCUUUUGGACCCGGCUUGGGAAAAACAGCAAAAAAAGACAUUUACAGCAUGGUGUAAUUCGCACCUUCGUAAAGCCGGAACAGCUAUCGAAUCGAUCGAGGAGGACUUUAGAAAUGGACUGAAAUUAAUGCUAUUACUCGAGGUAAUUUCUGGAGAAACUCUUCCAAGACCAGACAGAGGCAAAAUGAGAUUCCACAAGAUUGCAAACGUGAAUAAAGCUCUCGAUUACAUUGCCAGUAAAGGCGUAAAAUUAGUUUCUAUUGGAGCAGAGGAAAUCGUGGAUGGCAACCUGAAGAUGACAUUGGGAAUGAUCUGGACCAUAAUUUUGAGAUUUGCUAUUCAAGAUAUCUCUGUGGAGGAGAUGACUGCUAAAGAGGGUCUUCUACUGUGGUGCCAGCGAAAAACUGCACCGUAUAAAAAUGUCAAUGUUCAAAACUUCCAUCUGUCUUUCAAGGAUGGCUUGGCGUUUUGCGCUCUCAUCCAUCGUCAUCGUCCCGAUCUUAUCGACUACAAUAAACUUAGCAAGGAUAAUCCUUUAGAGAAUUUGAACACUGCCUUCGAUGUUGCUGAGAAGUAUCUCGACAUUCCUCGUAUGUUAGAUCCUGACGAUUUGAUCAACACACCCAAGCCAGAUGAGCGUGCAAUCAUGACGUACGUGUCCUGCUACUACCACGCGUUCCAAGGUGCUCAGCAGGUCAAUAUGCGAAAUACAGCAAUGCCUGAUGAGAGAGCUGUGAUGACUUACGUUUCCUCAUACUACCACUGUUUUAGCGGUGCACAGAAGGCAGAGACUGCUGCAAAUAGAAUUUGCAAAGUUCUAAAAGUGAAUCAAGAAAAUGAAAGGCUCAUGGAAGAAUACGAACGUCUGGCAUCCGAUUUAUUAGAAUGGAUAAGACGAACCAUGCCUUGGUUGGCUAGUCGUCAAACUGAUAAUUCCCUUGCCGGUUGUCAGAAGAAAUUAGAAGAGUAUAGAACGUAUCGUCGUAAACACAAGCCACCGCGGGUUGAACAGAAAGCUAAACUUGAAACGAAUUUCAAUACUCUACAAACGAAACUGAGGCUGAGCAAUCGACCUGCUUAUAUGCCAACGGAGGGAAAAAUGGUCUCCGACAUUAAUAAAGCUUGGAAAGGUUUGGAGUUGGCAGAGAAAUCAUUUGAGGAAUGGCUCUUGUCGGAAAUGAUGCGUCUUGAGCGUCUAGAACAUUUGGCUCAGAAGUUCAAGCACAAAGCUGAUGCUCAUGAAGAAUGGACCGCAGGAAAGGAAGAAAUGCUCACGUCACAACACUUCCGACAAUGUAAACUCAACGAAUUAAAGGCUUUGAAGAAAAAACACGAGGCUUUCGAAUCUGAUCUUGCAGCACACCAGGAUCGUGUAGAACAGAUAGCUGCUAUUGCUCAAGAGCUCAAUACCUUGGAGUAUCACGACAGUGCAUCUGUCAAUGCUAGAUGUCAACGAAUUUGUGAUCAGUGGGAUCGUUUGGGUACGCUUACUCAACGUAGGCGUCAAGCACUAGACGAGGCCGAACGCAUUCUCGAAAAGAUUGAUGUCCUACAUUUGGAAUUUGCUAAACGGGCUGCUCCAUUCAAUAAUUGGUUGGAUGGAACUAGAGAAGAUCUAGUAGAUAUGUUCAUUGUUCAUACAAUGGAGGAAAUCCAAGGCUUAAUGAAUGCCCAUGCUGCGUUUAAAGCAACGCUAGGAGAAGCUGAUAAAGAAUACAAUGCUAUUGUAGGAUUAGUGCGCGAAGUUGAAUCAAUCGUGAAACAAUUCCAAAUCCCAGGAGGUCUUGAAAAUCCGUAUACUACUCUAACUGCUUUAGAUCUUACGAAGAAAUGGAGCGAUGUCAGGCAACUUGUACCUCAACGUGACGGUACACUGCAAGCAGAACUUCGUAAACAACAAAAUAAUGAAUUACUUCGACGGCAGUUUGCUGAGAAAGCUAAUGCCGUUGGACCGUGGAUAGAACGUCAAUUGGACGCAGUCACCGCCAUCGGUCUCGGUCUUCAGGGUACACUGGAAGAUCAGCUGCAUCGUUUGAAAGAGUAUGAACAGGCGGUCUAUCAAUACAAAGCUCAUCUCGAAGAACUAGAAAAGAUUCACCAAGCUGUUCAAGAAGGUAUGAUAUUUGAGAACCGAUACACUCAAUAUACGAUGGAAACGUUACGAGUUGGAUGGGAACAGCUACUUACUUCAAUAAAUCGCAACAUUAACGAAGUAGAAAACCAAAUUCUUACCAGAGAUUCGAAGGGUAUUACACAAGAACAGCUUAAUGAAUUCCGUAGUAGCUUCAAUCACUUCGACAAGAAUCGAACAGGCAGGUUGGCUCCCGAAGAAUUCAAAUCUUGUCUUGUUUCUCUGGGCUAUUCUAUUGGAAAGGAUAGGCAAGGCGAUAUCGACUUCCAACGUAUUCUGGCUAUUGUUGAUCCAAAUAAUUCUGGUUACGUACACUUCGAUGCGUUCCUAGAUUUUAUGACUCGCGAAUCUACAGAUACUGAUACGGCUGAACAAGUUAUCGAUAGCUUCCGUAUACUUGCUGGCGACAAGCCGUACAUCUUAGCAGACGAAUUGAGGAGAGAAUUACCACCUGACCAGGCUGAAUACUGUAUUCAGCGAAUGCCACCUUACGAAGGACCAAAUGCAAUUCCUGGAGCAUUAGAUUACCGUUCGUUCUCCACUGCUUUAUACGGUGAAUCAGAUUUGUAAAGGCACAUAUCAAAAAUCGAAAAAAAAAAAAAAGAAAGAAAAACUUUUAAACGAUUUCCAAUUUAAGAAAUAGAUCAAAUGUUAAUUCAAACGUUUGUCCCACGUGUUGGUACUCUAACGCAUCUUUAUAAAUUACGAAUCUCACCGUGAUGAAAGAAUCAUCGACUAGCCUCAAGAAAUACAGUAUAAUGUUCGAAGUAUUUGAAAGAAAAAACAAAAAAACAAAAACAAAAAAAAAACAAAAAAAAAAAAGAAAAAGAAACAAAAAGGCUCUAAUACGUGCCUCAAGUGUUAGCAAUUUUUUAUUCGUGAUAUUUUUUUAACGUAAAGGAACCCGAGAGCCAUAGCGAUAAACUUUGAUAUACCGAUAUUUGCUAAUGUCGACCAUUACUGCAAAGUAAAAGCGAUAUUUAAUGCUCGAUGAAGGUGGUCCGUACUUAAAUAAGUCUGUACAGUGACAAUAAAUAUACAAUUUACAUACCUUAACGUUAAAAGAAUAGCACAAUCAAAUACAACAGGUUCUUCUAGAACGUUUGCUUCUUGCCUAUGUCUACAAUGAAUCCUAUAAUUAGUAAGUUAAUGUUUCAAUUGUAUAUAAACAUCUUUGAAAAGUCACACGAGUACCAAUAAUAGAGAAAAUAAUAAGCAUUUCCUUCUCGCAAACGUUCCAGAAAAGAAGAGAACGAAACUGUUCCAUAAAUGAAUACUAUACGAAAAUGUAAAACGUGAUUAAACGAUUACGUACAAUUAUCGCGUGCGUCGAUAUUGCAGCCUUGCAUUAUUAUUAAAAGAAAAAUUAUAUUUAUUAUGAGUACUUGUAUGUUUUUGAAAAAGAUGUUUAAAUUGCAUCAUUCAAAUAUAGUUUAAUUUCUUCUUUGAGGAAAAGCUUAAUUUGUCCAAGCGAGAUGAUUUUUUAGUUGUACUUGGAUAAAGUAAACACAACUAUCGCACAGUUCCUAAAUACAAUAUUAUUUUCGUCAUUAAAUGACUUUUGUCAAGCAUAGGAUGCAAAUCGAUGCUCGUAAUAUUUGCGAAAAUUUGACAUGUGUAUAAAUUAAGGAUAUUAACGACAUAAACGAAUUUUUGGAAAUCCGUACGUACGUACGAAACGACCUUCUCGCUAAGGAUCCAGAAAAUAUUACGCUCGAAAUCGAACACAACGUUCAUAUUUUUUUAUAGUAAGCGGCAUGACGAAUUCUUAAACGAGAAGCCGCCUUUAUAUUUCGCAAAUCAUAUAUUAAAUAAUGCGAAACGAUGCUAAAGAAGGCAAAUUAUUUAUUUAUUUGAAUUAAAUGAUUAUUUAUUAUUGUUCCGAUAAUUAAUUACGGUAGUAAACAAAGCCACUUUUUCAAAGUAUUUAUUUUUAUAAAUAUUUGAGAGAAGUGAUAAAUGAAAGGCCACUGUAAUAUAAGAAAUAUUAUGUAAAAUUUUCAAAUAGCAACCGCCAUUUCUUGUGUCAUGUGUAUUAGAUCACAAUUUAUACUCAGCAGCCUAAAUAUCAUUUAAUCGAAUCAUUGUCGUUCAAAUCAUUGUUAUUUAAGGUCAUGGAAGACGCUCGUGUGUGAAAUGCAAUUACUUAUUCGAGGAAAGAAAAAAAGGUAUAUUAUGACAUUUUUUGCUUGGAAUUUAGUGCUUCUUCAAUAUUUAUCUUAACGCGUUUUGCGAGUUUAUUUCAUUUUUCUUUUUUUCAUUUUUGUUUAAAAGAAUUAUUAUUGGGCUUUCUAUAGAGACAAACCGCAUAAAAAGUUGGGUAGAUUUACUGAUCUACUGAGCAGUAUGCAUUCAGGCAUAUAUAAAUACACGCUCGCACGCA